AUGGAUGAAUCACUGGUUCUUGCUCUGAGUCUGGCAGAAGCUGUAGAGGCUGACGCAGCCCUUAUUGAGCAACUGCUACAGGAAGAUCAGCUUGCUCGGGAGCAUAUGAUUGCCGAGGCGUUGGCAGAGGGUCGCUGGGCGCCUGUCGAGCCGUCAGCGAAUCAACCCCAACUUGAUGAAGAAACCUAUACCAGACUGCGGCUUUUGAACGUUGUCCCUACGAACCGAAGCGAUACUGAAGAUGCCGAGAACCGAACUCAACAGGAUCCAAGUGUCAGUGAUACCCAGAAUACUCAGGCUGCUGUCCACACAGAUGACAUCCAGGAAGACACCAACAACAACACUGCUGGUGACAAUCAAGCCGUCGAUGAACAGCAAACUGAGCCGGCCAACAACCAGCCGGCAUCAUACGAAGAGGAAGAAGUCGAAAAUGACCAGGAUAAAGACAAUGCAGGCGACUCCCUGCACACCUUGGAGACCCCUCAUGCUCCAGCCUCAUCCCUCGCCAUCGUACCUAUCGCCGACAUGAGGCAGUGCAUUUCCUGCCAAGAGGACUUCCCAGACGCCCAGACCUUUCAUGCGCCUUGUUCUCAUCAUUGGUGCCAACCAUGUCUUGUCCUCUUCAUCGAGCUUUCUCUGAGGGACGAGUCUCUAUUCCCACCUACCUGCUGCGAGCCUCUUCCCGUCGAGCCGGGUGACUUUAUCUCACAGGAGAUAUUCGACAAAUUCCAGGAAAAGACCAUUGAGUUCUCGGCCGUCGAUCGGACCUACUGUAGCAACACUGCGUGCUCAACCUUCAUCUUACCUCAGUCCAUCGAAGGCGACAUUGGACGCUGCCCCCACUGCGAAAACUACACUUGUGUCUUAUGCAAACAACCUCAGCAUUUGGGCAUCUGUCGCGAAGAUACUGAAGCACAAAACGUCCUGCGUCUUGGAGAGAUACAAGGUUGGCAAACAUGUUCAGAAUGCAGACACCUGGUCGAGCGUACCGCAGGUUGCAAUCAUAUCAGUAAGUCUAAUCAUUUCAUGCAAAACACGUGCCUGACGAUCAUGAUGCAGGUUGCACUUGCCGUCAUCAGUUUUGUUACCUCUGUGGUGCUCGUUGGAGGACGUGCGAAGGUCCCCUGUCGGGCGAAGACCUCGUUUUGGAUGCUGCACUAG